UUCUUUUUCUGUUGUGAGGGGGUGGAGAGUGGGCCCUGUGAAAGCUGCCAGAGACCCUCUGUAAGGACAGUUGUGCGGCUGGAGAAAUGAAAGUGACCCGCACAUUCAAAGAACAUGGAAAUCAGGAAUAAACAGGAUUGUCAAGGAUUUGGAAUCAAGCAGUAAACAGAAGUUAUUGGUGACGAGCAUGUGAAGGCAGAGCGCUCCCAGAUUACUGGAAAGACAGAUCAGAGGAGACACAGGCCAUGAAAAUCUCCUGAAGGCUGAAGGACACAGAGUGCAAGAAGAGGAAAGCUUUUUUAUACCUGGAUUGAAUGCAAAUAUAUGUGACUGUAUCUAUAAGCAUAUCUGCAACCGAUUUCAGUGUCAACUGGAGCAAACAUUUGCACUGAUCUGUUUUGAUGAUUACUGUACAUGCUUACUCUUUAAACACAUGUAUAUGCAUUAAUUGCAUAUUAAUUUAGUAUUUACUGCAGGGGAAUUUAUACUAUUACAAUCCAUAUUAUCUGCAGUUGACCUCAAACGAUACAAAUGUUUCUAAAUUCGAUCCUUGUGGUCAUUACUGACCUGGCAGCUGGACUUCUGGGCAACACAUCAUUUCGACGUCAUUUCCACUUGCUGCUUUCGGCCUUGCUUUUGUUUGGGCCUCUCCUGAGUCUGUGGGUUUCCCAUUAUAGUGUCUUUGCCAAGAGGACUCACUUUCUGUACAGGGUUUUCCUGCGCUCAGGCUGGGGCUGGACCUGCAUCUUUGUUGGCUCUUUUGUCUUCGUCCUCUCGUUCUCAGUACGCCGUUCGCUCACUCUUUCCCUGCGACACCUGUCUCGGUUAGCAGUGGCCGGUGGACUGUGGCUGGGCUUCCGAAAGCUGCUGUGCUUGCUGGAAAAUGCCACCGGGAGCUGCUACGAGCCCCUCAGCGCCACUCUUGAAAUGGCUUCAGGGACCAAUGGAGAAGGUCAACCUUUACUGCUCCUACGUGAAGCAGAAACAAAGGAGACGUGCGUCCGCUCUGGCAUGUUGUGGCGAGGCUACGAAGUAUCUGAAGAUGCCCUCCUGCUGUGUUUGUGCUGCCUGCUUCUGGCUGAGGAGACGGCAGUGUUUGGGCCCUACCUGAACCUGGGUGGACCCUCAGAAGCCCCGCUGCGCAUCCUCUUCCUGUUCUGCGUCCUGCUGUUGAGUCUCUGGGUGUUCCUGCUGCUCUGCUUGCUGGCUUAUUUCCCAGAAUUUCCUACUCAGCUUUUAGGAGGUGCUUUGGGUUGUUUGAGCUGGAGAGCCCUGUAUCAGGGCUGGUAUCGACUUGGACCUAGUUGGUACUGUCCUGGGAGACCAGGGGUGGGACUUUUGUCGACCCAUUGCAAACAGGAUGAGUUAUUAGAAACACAAACUAAUGCUAAAGAGAUCAGCUAACGUGUGUUUGAAUUCUCAGCUGAACUCAAAUGAAUCUUAUGUAAAGCUGCAGUACAGCAGAACAUCUAGCCAAAUCUGUCAGUAUCAGAUGAACGUAUAUUUGAUCAAUUACAUUGGAAAAAAAAUAGCUGGUCUUUUCAUUCUCAAUUGCAUGCUGACUAAAUUCCGACAUUCACCAUAAUGAAAUUAUAGAAUAACAUGAUUUUAAGCACAAAAUUUGAAUGUAGACAGGGGUUCCCAAACUUUUCAAUUGGCGACCCCUCAAAAUAACAGUGACUCGCGACCUCCAAUAUCCCCUGAGGUGGUUAUAAAUAUAUGAACCUAUCCGUCGUUUAAUUUUGAAGAACGCCACUCAUGUUCAGUUGUGGCCUGAAUUUAUUUUUGAGCGGUUUAUUUACAAACUACUUUCGAGAGGACCACGUGCACGGCUGGUCCUGCAUCAGCUACACAUACAGUAUUGCACUAAUCAGAUGAAUAUUAACUCACUAUAAAUAACCAGAGUUUUUUCACUAGUCAUCUUCGUCUUGAAGACCCCCCCUUCCACCCCUACUGCUCUCGAUUCUCCCGAUAGGGGGGCAUGGCAGCCUAGUGGUUAGCACUGUUGCCUCACAGCAAGAACACCACUGCCUCGAGGAUAUUCCGAGGUCAGGGCUCUCUCCCGGGACAGCAUGCCAAAUGCUUUAUUAUCAAUCAUCAGCUAAGUGUGAAGUUGUGAACUCUUGAAAAUAUCCGUGAAAGCCAUAAAGGUGUCAGAAAGUUUAACAUGGUGCCGUAAAAUCAAUCUGCUGCAUCUUA